AUUUUCAUUUAUUUUCAUUUUUGUUGUCACUCGAUAAUCAAGAAAUUUGCAAAAAAUAAAAAUUUUGCCGGUUAAGAGGAAAGUAAAUAUUUCAUCACCUGAAAUUUGCUGAAUUCUUGUACUUUAGCACUGAGUUUAUCAAUUAUCAAAAUGUUAGAAAUGUUAUACUAAUUAUAUCAGGAUUCAUUAUUAAUUCGUGUCAAGAUUGUAGUGUGUGAAAAGUUGAUCGUCAAAGAUAAAAUUUUUCUCUAUAUUUUACGAACAAUAUAAUAAUGAAGAUAAAUAAAACAAUUAUGAUUCCUACAAGAAUAAUAAAAAAUAUUAUUAACAAAUUAUUAAAUGUGCAUAAAAAAACAACGCAAAGUGUACAAACGGCAAGAGAUGCAGCAGUUCGUGGUGGCCUUAUCAUUAUCAGUGCUGUACUAAUUGUAUGGAUAUCAAUUUUUCUAUACACUGCUUUUUAUUAUGCAUACAUGCCAAGUAUGUCGUAUGUUCGACCGGUGCAUUUACAAUUUCGACCAUGUGAUCACGCUAAGGGAGUUUGUAGUUUUCCGUCCGCUCAUAUACAAUUAACGAAAAAGCAACAAUUUCUGAUGGUUGGGCAACCAUAUAAGGUUAAUUUACAUUUAGAAAUGCCAGAAUCACCUGCUAAUAAGGAACUUGGAAUGUUCAUGGUGUGCGCUGAAUUAAAAAGUCAAUACAAUAGAUUAGUUGAUCAUUCUUGUCGUUCUGCGAUGCUUCAUUACAGAAGUACAUUGCUACAUUUUAUAUCAACCCUCACAUUUUCACCGAUGAUGAUUUUCGGAACUACGGAAGAAACGCAAAAUAUUGUUCUCGAGUUGUUCGGCAAUUUCGAGGAAGAUCAAAGUCAGCCAGUGACGCGUUUGUACGUGGAGAUUCAAUCACGACACAUUGAAUUUUAUUCGGCUACAUUGACAAUAAAUGCUCAUUUAUCUGGGCUACGAUAUUUGAUGUUUCACUGGCCCAUUUUAUCGGCCAUGGUUGGCAUUAGCACCAAUUUAUUUUUCAUAGCUCUCGUCUGUAUCUUGUCGUAUUUACACUUUGUUGCUGAAGAAGAUACCGCGGAGGACGAUUUUGAAUAUGAGAAAGGAGACUUUGAGGAGGAAAGGGAUCUAAAAUCAAACAAUGAUCGAUCUUCAGAAACAUCGUCUUUGGAGGAUGCUUCUUUACUUGAAGACAUUACAAAACCUCAUGAAGGACAUUCAUCACAUUUGAUGGAUCCUGUGUUGGAUAAACCCAGUUAUAUUCAAGAAAUUUCAAAAUUAAUUGAUGAAACAGCAGGAGAUUUAUCUUCAAAAUAAAAUUAAUUCUAAACAAAUAUUUAUAUGAGAGAUAAAAAUAGACUGGUCUAUUAAAAUUUUAAAUCAGGUAUGUGAUAAAUUCUUUAAAUUUAAAGGUUGCUGAAGUUGGGGUCGGCGCUUAGCAUCGAGAACUAUUUAUUCCGAUUUCGUGAAAAACAUAUUUGUCUAUGUUAACUUCAGGGAAUUUAUAUUUCAAGGGAAAGAAAAAAAGAAAAGUAUUAAUUUAAAAAAUUUAUAAUUUUAUUAUAGAAAGUUGAAAAAAGAUUCUAUCUUUUCUAAAAAUUUUGCCAUGAAGAAUGACAUCGAAAGUGAAAAUUAAAGUGAUAUGAGUAUUCAAUAGUAUUGAAUAUUUAUAAAAUAUUAUUGACAAAAUUGAAAAUUAAGAAUUUGUAAGUAUUUAUUAUUUGUCAAAGAUAUAUGUUAAUUUCUAUUUACAAUAUGUGAAAAUUUUUUUUCUUCUUUAGAAGUAGAAUAUUAUUUUUUAAUGUAUUUUCUCUUUAUUUAAUUAUAUGUUAUUAUACAACUCAUUGUUCUAACCACGAAAUGUUAAUGUGAUGUUUAAAAUGUUGUAAAUUGUAUAAUGACUUACAAUUGUGUCAUAAAGCUUUUUCAUUUGUAA